AUGGCUGGUGAACUGAUUGCUGGUGCUUUCCUUUCCGCCUCCUUUGAGAAGUUCUUCGAUAUGAUAAUUUCUAGGGAGGUCCUAAAAUUCGUUAGAGGAAAGAAACUCGACGAUGGGUUGUGCAAGAAGUUCGAGAUCCUGUUAGUGUCGGUUAAAGCAGUGCUGAAUGAUGCUGAGAAGAAGCAAAUCACUGACGAAAAUGUGAGGAAGUGGCUCGAUCUGCUCAAAGACACCUUGUACAAUGCAGAGGACUUGGCCUGUGAGAUGGAGACCGAAGCUUCGCUAUGCAAGGAGAAAGAUCAGUCUCGAAAACGUAAAUUCCAGCAGGUAUUCGAAUCCAUCUCAUCUAUAUUCCAUACUGAUAACAAUCUAGAAGAUAGGAUAGUGGAGAUCAUUCACACACUAGAAUACCUUGUCAACCAAAACCAUCUCCUUCGUUUGAUCACUACAUCACAAGGAUCAUGUGGUAGGCGCUAA